CGGCAUCUGGCCCUGAAAAAGAAUCUCCCCAUGAAUUAAGUUUGGCUUCAUAGCUCCAAAACAACGAAACCCAGAAAACUUUCCCCCUUUGGAAUCCCCGCAUCCAACCCAUUUUUCCUUGAAGUUUCCAAGGCCAUUUUCAAGUAAUUGUCCCUUUUUUUUUCCUAGGGUUAUAUGUACGCCCAGCUUCCUUCAUUCCCAACCCAAAGGCCAAAUCUUUAUGGUGCUUCUUCCCUGAAAAGAACAGCAAAAUUGUUCUUGCUUCAAUGGGUAGGGAGGACUUGACGAUGAUUGUGAAUCCCAUCUUCACCCCAUCUCAGAAGAGGGUGGUGGUGAUACAGGACGCCUUCAGUCAAGUUUCCCCCGUUUCCAUAGCAUGGGCUUUGAAUGGAUUGUCCCUUAGCUCUGGGGAUUCUCUUACCCUACUUGCAGUUCUUCACCGGGUCAAUAACUCCUUGGGAUACAGAACCAAAGUGGGCUCCGGUUACUCCAAGAAAGCUGUGAACAGAGAAGCUGCAAGGAAGCAGGCCGAGUUUGACAGCAAUGUCGAUCUUAUGCAUGUCUCCAAGAAGUUCGAGGCACGCAAGGUCAGUUUUGUGGUAGAGGUGGUAGUAGGAUCUUCAGCAAAGGGUGUUGCACUUCAAAAAGUGGAGAGUCUAAAAGCCACUUGGGUGGUGCUCGACAGGCAGAUGAAGAGACACAGGAAAUUCUUCCUCCAAAAUCUCUCCUGUGGGAUUUCCAGGAUUAAGAAGAACAACGUGGUCAAACAGCUGAGAGAGCCUAAAAAAGCCAUGAUCACCAGUCUACACACUGGUCAUGAUCACGAGCAGAAAAAAGUGAGGCCCGUGACUUAUGGCGAAAUGUUGCCUGGAACUCCUGAAGAAGAUGAUCUCUUCAGCCUCGAGCUUCCACCACCACGCCAUGUUCAGGAAGAAACAGGUAAUAACAGCAGCAGCAGCAGGCUAGUGUUGGAGAAGUGGCAAGCAGAAGUUUCAUUCCAAUGUUCGGUGUGUUCGGUCUGCAAAACCAGAAGGGGAUUUCCAGUUGAUCCAAGGGGUUGGGGAUAUGGAUAUGAAGAAAUCCAAGCUGCAACUGAUGAUUUCUCAUCAAGCAACUUCAUGUCUGGGGAUGUUGAUGCAACGACAGGGUCCACCUUUUUCAGAGGGCAGCUGAAGAACAGCAACAACCAGAAGAUCAUUGUGAAACGAUGCAGGAGUUCCGUAAACAUGAUUGGAGAUGCAAAAUUCAGUUUUGAGAUUAAUCUUCUCAGGGCAGUUAGGCACGAUAAUGUGCUGAUGUUGAUGGGUUCUUGCUCAAACGGCCACGGCCUCAGGCUGCUUGUGUAUGAGUAUGCCUGCAACAGCACACUUGAUCAACAUCUAUUGAAAACUUGCCCAUUGCCCUUGACAUGGUCAGAUAGGGUGAAAGUAGCAGUUGGAGCAGCAAGGGGGCUAAACUAUCUCCAUGAGAACAACAUAGUUCACAGGAAUGUGAAAGCAGACAGUAUUUUUUUAACUCAUGAUUUUGAGCCCCUGCUUGGUGAUUAUGGGUUUUCAGAGAUGGAAGAUUCAGCACCAGAACUCUCUACAGCAACUGAUGUGUAUGCGUUUGGAGUCGUUAUGCUCGAGUUGAUCACAGGCCAAAGUGCCAAGGAAGUUGUCGAAACUAUGGCCUCGGGGAAAACAAGUCUUGUUGGAUGGGCAAGGCCAAUCCUGAGAGAGAGAACUCAUUUUCAGCUGAUCGACACAAGAAUCGUCAGGUCCCAUGAUGGCGAACAGCUCUACUGGAUGUGUAGAUUGAUACACAAAUGUCUUGCUGAAAACCCAAAGAAAAGGCUGGCCAUGAAUGAGGUGGUAUCUGCAUUGGAGUGCAUAGCAGAGAGGAAGGAGAACAGCAUACUGGACGAUGUUUUGGCAGUGAGAUCGAGUCUUUCUCGCAGCACAUUCGAAGAAGAAACAUCCAUGUGGACGAAUCAAAGGGAGAGCUUCAGCAGAGAUGCAACAGAUUCGGAGAUGAGCAAGGAACAGAGCCAAAGAACAUCAUCACAUUCAGAAAUGAUUUCAUCGAGCUCUUUCUUCAGCGGGUCUAGUAAUGUAGGAAUGAGGACUAUGGGCAGACCAGCUUUGGUUUAUGGAGAAAUGCUUGUUUAAUCUCUUACCCCACCCACAAUUUUUCAUUGCAUUUGGAAAGCUAUUUGGUCUAGUUUUGGUACACUUUCUCAGUAAAUGGUGGCUGAUAAGAUUUUUUUGCACAUCAGUUCCUGUAAAGAAAUGUAAAGAAGCAGGAGUCACUGGUGAUAUUACUAUACUAUACUGUUCUCUCUUUUUGGCAAUCCCUUUGAGGCCGGCCAUCUAUGUACAAGAGGGAUAUCCUGAAACUCUCCAACUGCUAGUAAAAUGAAUCCACAU